AUGCGCUGUCUCAUCAGCCUGGCCSUCGGCCUUCUCGCCCUGAAGGCAGUCCUUGCUCUGGACCCAGCUUUCAUCUCACCAGUUCAGGUCAUGUGCCCUGAGCCCAGUUCCUCCGAGGAGAUGCCCUGUACCCCAGCCUGCCUCACCGAUGAGGAUUGUCUCAGCAACACCAAAUGUUGUCCUAGUGCCUGUGGCCUCUCCUGCAGAACCCCAAUCAUCGAAGCUGCCCCCAAAGCUGGCAGUUGCCCCUGGGUGAACAACCAGAUCUCCCAGCUGUGUCAGGAGGAGGACGAGUGCUCCCGUGACAGCGAGUGUUAUGGCAACAAGAAAUGCUGCAUGAGCAAUUGUGCUAGGAGGUGUCUGGACCCUGUCCAAGGAGAGGCCAUGUCCAGUCUGAACCCCAGCAAGAAUCUUCUCUCUUGGAUCCAGUGA